GUAGUUCUUGCUUCAACAGUGAUUGAACGGAACCUGCUCUGUCCUUCAGAUUAAACCUGAUUUUUCUCUACCUCUAAAGGGCACUUAUAGCGGCAUCAACAUGAACUCACAGGUGCGUCAGAACUACAGCCAUGACUGCGAGGCAGCAGUGAACCGCAUGGUGAACCUGGAACUGUAUGCUUCCUACACCUACCAGUCCAUGUCCUAUUACUUUGACCGUGAUGAUGUGGCUCUUCACCACGUGGCCGAGCUUUUUAAGGAACACAGCAAAGAAGAGAGGGAAUGUGCUGAGAAGCUGAUGAAAUGCCAGAAUAAGCGGGGGGGUCGCAUUGUCCUGCAGGAUAUUAAGAAACCAGAGAGAGAUGAAUGGGGAAGCACCCUGGAUGCCAUGCAAACAGCUUUGGAUCUGGAGAAGCAGGUGAACCAGGCCUUAUUGGAACUGCACAACCUGGCAACAGAAAGAAAGGACCCACACAUCUGUGACUUCCUGGAGUCGGAACACCUUGAUAAGCAAGUCAAGCACAUGAAGAAAUUCGGAGACUACAUCACCAACCUGAAGCGUUUGGGGGUACCCCAGAAUGGCAUGGGCGAGUACCUGUUUGACAAACACAGUGUGAGCUAAAGAACCUCAGCAAGGACACAGAUGGAAUGUAACAUCUCGCAAUGAGCCGACCUGUAUAAGAACAGCGGGAGAGAGUCCAUCUAACAGCCCAUUGUGUGUCCCUGUGUUAUAGGGGGAAGCUUUGUGUCCAUUGUGUGUUGUUUACAGAUUAUCAAUAAAGGAUUUUCAGCAUUA